CGGUCAAAGUCGGGUACUACUUGGGAACGGCCAUUCAAAGCAGAGCUACUGUUUCAUGCCGUGACAACUCUCGACAUCAUCUUGCGGAUCGGGUAUUCUCUGGCGGUCAUUGGUCGGUGGACGUUGCAGACGGUCCCUGCGCGAAUACCAUUACACCAUUACACAGCGCUUCCCUUCACCCGAUGUCGUCCGAAGGCGUCCUUGAUCACGUGAUGAAUUCCGAUUCUUCAUUGCCGCUUCAACUUGGCCCACCAAAUCUGAGGCAUCCGUAUAUAAGUUUCGGCCCCCUCGGUUGCUCCAUCAUUCCUCUUCCUUUACGGCCUACCUGUCUCUCCCUUCCCUUUGACGUUCAAAAAUGAAGAUCGAUUUGACCGAAGAGCAACUUAUCGGGCACAACAAUGCAACCAUGCGAGGAGCUGCCGAGGGUUUUGCUGCUGGAACGGGACUUGGCUUGGCAGGCUCAGCAGCUCUGAGCCGCUAUUCAGCAGGAUACCGCGCCCUUCCUCCUUCACUCAAGGUUCUUGGCAUAAUCUUUGUUGCGGCCCCUGCAUUUGCUAUCCAAGCUGAGCGUCGUGGUAUCGAAUUUGACAAGUCUCAAUGGCGAGAUUCAACUGCCUACCUACUUGACGAGAAGGAACGUCAGAAAGAAGAACGAUGGCAAAGUCUGUCCUUUGGUGGAAGGGUGACUGAUUGGGCCCAGCGACAUGAAUACUCUGUAUUUUUGGGUGGCUGGGCUGCUAGUCUCGGGUUAGCGGGUGCUAUCAUUUCGCGAGACAAAUUACAAACAACUGCUCAAAAGGUUGUGCAAGCCCGUAUGUGGGCACAGGCACUAGCGAUCGCACUCAUCCUAGGAACUGCGGCAUUCAAGGCUCACCAGAGCCGGAACUCUGCUCCAGUCACGGAUCAUUCCUGGAUGGAGGUGCUCGAACAGCAGGAGCGUGCACGCAAGGAUGAAGAAGCACAUUUGAAACAACUUGCUUCACCCGAGGCACGCCAACUUGCGUCCAGUCUUUAAGGCUCCCUUGUUGGUUAUCACCGCUGGUUAUAUGCUCAGUGCGAUAGCGUGGACUCUUUUGCAUCCCACGUAGUAGAUUACCAGGCUACUUCAUAGACGUACUGUAUCUUUAGUGUAUAAUGACCCAGUAAUGAGUUCUCAUUGUUUUUGCUGUC